GUUGUUGUCAGCAAAAUGGCGCGAAUAUUGAGAUGUGCCUUUAUUUUUUUAAUAGCAACCAGCACUAUGGUCAAUUUUAGGGUGUUUGCGAGAAGUAUGUCGUCGAUUAUAAGAAGUUUCGAAGCCCAGUCCGUGGUACCCGAUGUCGUGUCCAAGGCGCCCACCGCUGUGCUUAGCGUGAAAUACCCCAGUGGUGUGGAAGUAAAUGAAGGCAAUGUGCUGACUCCGACGGAGGUGAAGGACAUCCCCGACGUCAAAUGGAAUGCCUCCGCAGAUGAGUUUUACACUCUUGCCAUGACAGACCCCGACGCGCCUUCCCGCAAAGAUCCGAAGUUCCGUGAAUGGCACCACUGGCUGGUCGGCAAUAUUCCCGGGAACAACAUCUGUGCGGGCGAGACCUUGUCCCAGUACGUCGGCUCCGGCCCCCCUCCCGGCACUGGUCUCCACAGAUACGUGUUCCUGGUAUACCAGCAGCCCGCCAAACUGGAGUUCGAUGAGCCUAGGCUAACUAACAGGUCUGGUGACAACCGUGGAAUGUUCUCGAUUUCCAAGUUCGCCAAGAAGUACAAACUGGGCGACCCCAUCGCGGGCAACUUCUACCAAGCAGAGUACGAUGACUACGUACCCAUCCUGUACCAACAACUCGGCGCUUCUUGCAAGAUGGGUCCGUGGUUCUUCGCUAUAAUUUUUUGUGUAAAUAAUUUUACUCCGGUCCAACUAGAGAAGACACUGGAAGAUCAUUUUCUAAAACACGAAGUAAUUCCAGAUGUAUUAUCUACUGCACCUGCAGAAUAUUUGUAUGUGAAUUACCGAAGUGGUGCUGUGGUGAAUACUGGCAACGAGUUGACUCCCACGCUGGUGAGGGACAUUCCACAUGUCUGGUGGGAUUCUGCUGACCAUCAGAAGCUUUUCACUGUUGCCUUUGUUGACCCCGACGCACCAUCCCGCAUUUCGCCAACAUCCCGCGCGUUUCUACACUGGUUAGUCGGUAACGUUCACGGGAAUGACGUGAUGUCCGGUGACGUCAUCGCGGAGUACAUUGGUUCUGGUCCCGGCGAGGGGUCUGGUCUACAUAGAUACGUCUUCUUGGUUUAUGAACAACCUUCCGAAUUGGCUUUUAUGGAGACAAGAGUUAAUAACACCUCUACUGAAAACCGGCCAUCAUUUUUAAUCUCAGCUUUCGCCGAGAAGUACAACUUGGCACUAGUCGCUGGCAACUUCUACCAAGCGGCGUAUGACGACUACGUGCCCAUUCUGCACGAACAACUUGGUUUAUCGUAAAAUUUGAUCAUCAUCUCCCGAGCCUUUUCUCAAUUAUGUUGGGACCGGCUUCCAGUCUCACCGGAUGCAGCUAAGUACCACUGUAUCACAAAGAUCGACUGCCUAUCUGAACUCCUCAACCCAGUUACCCGGGCAAAAGGGCAACCCAGACCCCUUGGUCACACAAUAUAUUCGAGUGACAUGACCUAGGAACUAGCGUCAUAUAUCCGAUAUCGUGUCAUAUAAAUGCAUAGGUGUUGAUGAUGACUGAAAAUAAUUAUAAACUAAUUUAAAAAAUAUGUGUGAAGAUUCAUGUUUUUGACUAGAGAAAGUCUCAUUUAUUUGUUUGUAAAUAUUGCCUAAUCGUAAUAAAUUAUUGAAUAUUGAGUUGUUA